AUGUAUCACCCAGACACUGAGGCACUUCAUCACAGAGGAGCAGAGGAGAUGAAGGGUGAGGAGGGUGAACAGGGUGAAGACGGUGACAAUGGGGAGGAGGGCAAGAAGGGUGAGAGACUGAGGAGGGUAAAGAGGCUGAGAAGGGUGAGGACUGAGGAGGCUGAGAAGGGUAAAGAGGCUGCGAUGGGUGAGAAGGGUAAGGAGGCUGAGAAGGGUAAAGAGGCUGAGAAGGGUGAGGAGGCUGAGAAGGGUAAAGAGGCUGAGAAGGCUGAGAAGGGUAAGGAGGCUGAGAAGGGUGAGGAGGCUGAGAAGGGUGAGGAGGCUGAGAAGGGUGAGGAGGCUGAGAAGGGUAAAGAGGCUAAGAAGGGUGAGGAGGCUGAGAAGAGUGAGGAGGCUGAGAAGGGUAAAGAGGCUGAGAAGGGUGAGGAGGGUGAGGAGGCUGAGAAGGGUGAGGAGGCUGAGAAGGGUAAAGAGGCUGAGAAGGGUGAGGAGGCUGAGAAGGGUAAAGAGGCUGAGAAGGGUGAGGAGGCUGAGAAGGGUGAGGAGGCUGAGAAGGGUGAGGAGGCUGAGAAGGCUGAGGAGGCUGAGAAGAGUGAGGAGGCUGAGAAGGGUAAAGAGGCUGAGAAGGGUGAGGAGGCUGAGAAGGGUGAGGAGGCUGAGAAGGGUAAAGAGGCUGAGAAGGGUGAGGAGGCUGAGAAGGGUAAAGAGGCUGAGAAGGGUGAGGAGGCUGAGAAGGGUGAGGAGGCUGAGAAGGGUGAGGAGGCUGAGAAGGCUGAGGAGGCUGAGAAAUAUUCUGCAACAUUGAGCUCGUAA